AUGGAAGCACUGAUCCUUGCAUGCGCUGACAGGCUUGUCCAAAAUCUGAAGAAAAAAGCACAGGGUGACGAAGACAUCGAUAUUAAGAGGAUGUUCGAUCCCUAUACAAUGGACGUGAUAGCCAGCACGAGCUUUGGCCUCCACCUGGACGCCCAGGGCAACCCGAACCACCCCUUUAUAAAAAACGCCAAGGAGUUGAUGGAGCCUUCCCUGCACAGUCCGGUCAUUCUUAUAUUACUUUUCUUCCCAUACCUGAUGAAGUUUCUCAAGCCAGUAUUUGUAUUUUUCAAUGUGACGUUCGUAAGGACAAUGAACUUCUUCGUUAACAUUCUUGACCAAUUGGAGAAAGAGAGAGCACUUAACCCCAGUGAAAAGAAUUAUGCUGACCUUGUACAACUCCUGUUGAACUCUCACAACAUGAGCAUACAGAAGUCAGAAUUGUCCGAAGACGAACAGGAAGUUGGUAAAUGGAAGAAAAAGGCGUUAACACGCGCCGAGAUGGCAGCCAAUGAGAUUCUGUUCCUUGUGGCUGGUUAUGACACCACUUCCCUAACCUUGACCUUUGCAUCGUACUUCUUGGCAACACAUCCGCACGUGCAAGACAAGCUGCGCAGCGAGAUAGACAAGCAACUACAAGGGAGUGAUCCAACGUACGAAAGUGUUAAAAAUCUAGGCUACCUGGAGCAGGUGAUCUUAGAAACUCUGAGACUCUAUCCUCCAGGCGUCAGGGUAGACCGGGUAGCCACGGAGGACGUGGUGGUGCGUGGAUUAAAGAUACCCAAGGGAACCACGUGUGUUAUCCCAAUCAAGACCAUACACAGACACCCGGACUACUGGCCCGACCCGGACAAAUUCGAUCCUGAAAGGUUUACACCCGACGCCAUAGCCAGAAGGCACCAGUUCGCAUUCUUGGGGUUUGGUAUGGGACCGCGAAAUUGUAUUGGUAUGCGACUGGCUAAGCUUGAGAUGAAGAUAGCCCUGGUGAAAAUACUGCAGCGUUUUACCAUCAAAACCUGUGACGAAACACCGACUGAAAUAACAACCAGAAAAGACAAACCAAAUCGUCCAGGAAAACCCAUUAUUUUGAAGGUGGAAGAACGAUCUUUUUAAUGCAGUUACAUGUAUAGAUAAGUGUCGUGCAGAUCGAUGGACCUAAAGGAUACAACACCAAAAGAAAUUAGGAUUCGGUUCACCAAAUGCAAACCUGUCGUACGUUUUCAAGCCUGGAUAACUGCUACCCUCCAGCAUCACAUGUAAAAUUGUUGACGUCAUCUAGAGUUUUGUGACAUCAUGAAGGGGUCUAUGACCUUGUAGUCUAUCGUAUACUAUACGUAACAGUUCAUGAUAGCACUGUAGGCCUAGAAUGGUUGGUCGCUGGUUUUGGACCUACGCAGAUUUCAUUGCACGUAAUUAUUUAUUUUUAUAAUUCAUCUCAGUGAUAGAGCCUCUAUCCCUCAAAAUUGAGAUUAUGGACUUUCUUUUGAGGAAAUUUUCAGCUUUAAGGUUGAUUGGAAUUUUCCCUCAUCGAACAUCGGUGUAUGAGUAAUGUGUAAAUUAUAAAUAUAUUAAUUUUUAUGUAUUAUAUAACUACCAUGCCACUAAAGAUUAAACACAAACAUCCUUUCGUAUGUUUUGCACAUGUAAUGAACUGUGAACUUUAGCAAUAUGGUAUUUAUGCUCAGUUUUUCACACAUGUGCCUUUUUAUAUUAUAGAGAAUGAGACACAACAUUUGCAGUAUUGAUAACUGUGGAAUAUUUGUCCUCGUGAGUUCUGUUCAUUUUUAUUUGUUAGUUGGCGACAUAAAGGAUAUUCUUUGAUGGUAAGAACUGUAAUUCGAUAACAUUCAAGCUUGUAUUUAAACCUAAUAUGUUUCAAAUUGUAAACUGCACAUAUCAGAA